UCCCCCUCUCCCCCCUCCGUGCGUCAAAUUCUCGAUCCAUGGUGUUCAGGCUCACUAUUCCUCCGUUUUUCUUCAGGAUGGGUUUCUUGAGAUUUCUUUGCUCCGUUAAGAACGAUCUCAUCAUCUUUUUAACUCCGUGUGUUCUCCUUCCACUACCUCUGGUGAUCGGGACAUCGGAGGCAGAAUGUGCCUAUGUGAUUAUCUUGAUGGCUGUGUACUGGUGCACGGAGGUACUGCCACUGGCUGUGACAGCACUUCUCCCAGCUGUCCUUUUCCCGUUGUUUGGCAUAAUGCAGUCCAAGGAAGUGGGUAUGCAGUACUUGAAGGACACCAACUUGUUAUUUGUGGGAGGACUGCUGGUUGCUGUGGCUGUGGAGCACUGGAAUUUGCACAAACGGAUUGCUUUAAGGGUGCUGCUUUUCGUUGGUGUACGUCCAGCGCUGCUGAUGCUGGGUUUCAUGGGAGUUACGGCGUUCUUGUCAAUGUGGAUCAGUAACACAGCUACCACGGCCAUGAUGGUGCCUAUUGUGCAAGCAGUGUUGGAUCAGCUCAACGACAGUGAAAGAGAAGUGCCACAGAUCCUCAGCUCAGACGAGCCCGUCCAGACAUCCGAGACUGACAGCAAACCACCUGUACAGACAGAAAAAGAAAAUGACGGACACAGCCCAGUGGUGGUGACUUUCUUAGAUGCUUCAGUAGAGGUUGCCAGGCAUAAAGAGGCGAUGGAGAGGCGGAGAAUGUGUAAAGGGAUGACCUUGUGUGUUUGUUACGCUGCCAGCAUCGGAGGCACCGCCACGCUGACAGGAACUGGUCCCAAUCUGGUGCUUAAGGGACAAAUGAACCAACUGUUUCCUGAAAAUGAAGAAGUGAUUAACUUUGCCUCCUGGUUUGGAUUUGCAUUCCCAAACAUGAUCCUCAUGCUGACACUAGCCUGGCUCUGGCUGCAGUUCGUCUUCAUGGGGUUCAAUUUCAGGAAGACAUGGGGCUGUGGGGCAACCAAGACAGAAAAGGACAUUGCUGCAUAUAACGUGAUCCGUGAGCAACAUCGUCAGCUGGGGCCAAUGUGUUUUGGAGAGAUAAGUGUCCUAAGUCUCUUCGUUUUGCUGGUGAUCCUUUGGUUCUCGAGAGAUCCAGGUUUUGUUCACGGCUGGGCUACCAAUCUAAACUCCAAAGCAGAAUAUGUGACAGAUGCCACAGUGGCAAUCUUUGUGGCCAUCCUGCUCUUUGUCCUACCCUCUGAGCCACCACGAUUCUGUUCAUGCAGGACUCAGAGUUUUGACACAACAGCGCAACAGUCCUUUGGUUCAACACCACGACUCCUCACCUGGAAAGUUGCCCAAAAAAAGAUGCCAUGGGGUAUUGUGCUUCUGCUUGGGGGUGGGUUUGCCCUCGCUAAGGGUAGUGAAGUGUCAGGACUCUCAAAAUGGAUGGGAGACCAAAUGACGCCCCUGCAGAACAUACCUCCCUGGGGAAUUGCUAUCAUUUUAUGCCUGCUGAUUGCUACUUUCACAGAGUGCACCAGUAAUGUGGCAACUGCAACGCUAUUCCUACCUGUCUUAGCUACAAUGUCUCAGUCCAUUGGAAUGAAUCCGCUGUACGUCAUGAUACCCUGUACUCUGAGUGCCUCAUUUGCCUUCAUGCUGCCCGUCGCCACCCCUCCAAAUGCCAUAGUGUUCUCUUAUGGAUACCUCAAAGUUGCUGACAUGGCUAGGACUGGGAUAGUUAUGAACAUCAUUGGCAUCAUUUGUAUUACACUGGCCAUCAACACCUGGGGCAAAGCCAUGUUUAACCUGGACACUUUCCCAACCUGGGCCAACGUCACAGGCGUCUGAAGGACUGCCGCCAUCAGACAUGAUCUAUGCACGCCCUGCCCUCCCCAUCCUCAGGUGACAAACACCUAAAGCCAGAGUGAAAGCACGGGACCAAACGGUGAGCUUCAUGUGUUGUGCUGCUGUCUAGGUUUUGUUCUCAGUGCUGAGAGAUAUAUUAAUGUUGUGUUGUAAGACUUUCAUGAAAACGCAUGAUGCCUUAGAUGACAUGGUGGAAACCAAAUGCUGUCUAUUACCUUAAAACCUUAAAAUAUGAGGUGUCUGAGCAGCUAAUUCUGGUGGCGUAAUUUAUAACAACUCUUAUUUUUUUAAAGGAAUACAGAUGUUUUUUCUAGUUUUGUUUUAUUUUGCAUAAAUGUAUUAAAAUAUUUUUAAAAGGUGUUUUUACAUGUAUACAUGGUGUUGCAAUAAAAUCACAAACUGGUUAAAAUUGGAUUUGUUUGUGAUAGAUCAAAACAAACGAUCACAUAAUACUGAAGUGGAAGGAAAAUAAUACAGUUUUUUUUUUUACUUUCUUUAAAAAAAAAUAAAAGAUCUGAAAAGAGUGGUGUACAUUGAUUAUUCAUUAAUGUUGUUUGCGCUCUAAAAAAUCUGACCAGCUCUGCUUAUACUGAAGUCGGUUGUGCUGAUUUUUGUUUAAGGGGAUCUGAGUAAUCCUUUAACAAUGCUUAUUUGUGAAAGCAUAUGAAAACAAUGUAUAAUUUUGCGAACAAUAUUACAUUUAUGUCCUACUUUGUGUUGGUCUAUCACAGAAAAUCCCAACAAAAGAUAUUGAAGUUCAUGGCUGAAAAAUUACAAAAUGUGAAAUGGUUGAAAUAUUGCAAGGCACUGUAAUUUGUUCUCAUGGAUGUAUAUUACAUUUAAUGUGUCUGUUGCUCAAUUUUACUACACUACACAAUUUUAUUUUUUAAAUAAAUGUCUGAAAACCUUAUUCUGCUUUCUCCUCUCACUAGAACUUUACACUGAAAGUCUGCGAAGUUUCAGUGAAAAAUUCAAUAUUGAUGAUGUAAAUAAGGUGGUGUAAAUUUGCCCUAAUGCAGCCAAAUGUAAUAAUAAAAUUCAGCUUUUAAAAUGUAAAUACUUUUCAGACAAUAUCAAAGACACUGUGACGAGAGCAAUUCAGCGUUGUUGUAGGCACCUUUUCUGUGUCUUUCAAAUGCUGUAUUUCCAUUACUGUUAAAUAUUCAAGGCACUUUUAACAUCGGGUAAUGCUACUGUAAUUUACAUUAAAACCUAUUUCACCAAUGAGUGUUUUAGGUUCUUAUUUUCUGAAUACAGUUAAUGUCAAAAAGCCUUAUUGUUGGGUUUGGUGUUUUUGGUAUUUGGGUGAAUGUGUAGACCUUAGGAAAUGCCUGAAUGGACUAUUAUUCCCAAGCAUCAUUUGGGCUUUAAAGGCUUUAAUUUUAAAGGGUUUCACUCUCUGUCUUCCUGUAAUUAUGAAUUUUAUAUA